AACUAAAAAUGUGAAGAGAAAAACGUAGAGAAACACAACCAACAAAGACAAAUCAAAAAAUGAAGACUAACUCAUAAAAAUUGGAGGGAACUGACCAAGAAAAGACUCAUGCUAAUUGACAUAACACACUAAAACAAUAUCUGGCGGGAAAAUGUCCGUGCGGUCCUUUCACUCUCUCGUAUAAAACCCUAAUUUACACAUUUUAUCCUUAAAUCUUCUCCAGUUUUCCCCUUUUUCUCUCAUCACGAACCUGUAAUCUUUAUCAAUUUAAUUCGGUCAUAAAAUCUUUAACAACCAUCAGACGUGGCUCGUCAAAUGUCUUGAUCAAUUUAUUAAAUUGGGUGGAGAGGUUAAAGUUUCAAUCUUUGUGGCUUUUCUGUUGAAAAAUGGACGGUGCUUUUGAAGAUGAUAAUGAACAGUCAAUAACUAUUGAUGAGUAUCUUAAUAAGGUCGAAGCAGAGGAGUUGGAAGCAGAUUUGGUUUUGGGUGGAGAUGAGGGCAAAGAAUGCACCUAUACGACAGGAUAUAUGAAGAGACAGGCAAUUUUCUCAUGUCUGACUUGCACUCCAGAUGGUAAUGCUGGAGUUUGCACUGCUUGUAGCUUGUCUUGCCACGAUGGCCAUGAGAUUGUGGAAUUAUGGACCAAGAGAAAUUUUCGCUGUGAUUGUGGAAAUUCAAAAUUUGGGGAGAACUUCUGCAAGCUUUUCCCACAGAAAGACUUAGAGAAUGGGAAGAAUUCAUACAACCAUAAUUUUAAAGGUUCAUACUGCAGUUGUGGUCGGCCCUAUCCUGAUCCAGAUGUUGAAGAACAGGAAGAGAUGAUACAGUGCAUUAUGUGUGAGGACUGGUUUCAUGAAGAGCAUCUUGGUCUUGAGUCUUCCGAUGAGAUUCCAAGAGACGAGGAAGGAGAACCUCUCUAUGAGGAUUUCAUAUGCAAGACCUGCUCAGCAACUUGUUCUUUUCUAACACUGUAUCCCCAGACUAUCUGGGCAGCAGGGGGGCAGAGUGGUGAUGUUACUGCUAAUACUAGCAAGGAUAAGAAUGUGCUUGAAGAUAUUCCUUCAGCAUGUGGAUCUGGAAAGCUUGAGAAUGAUGCUUGUUCUCAUGGUUCUGGAGAGGAUAUAAUGGCUAAUGCUAAUUGUGGCUCUAUAUCUGUUGCCAAGACAUCUCUUAUCGGAGAGAGUUCUGAGAAGAAUAUCGAUUCAAAUCAAAGCACAAAGGAUGCCAACCUUCAGACUCCUUGUGUUCUUGGAGUUGAUACAGUGGCUACUUUUCCUGUUCUAGAAAGUAAACCACUGUUUCUUGCUAAAAACUGGAGGGAUACUCUUUGCAGAUGUGAUAAAUGCUUAGAUAUGUACAGUCAGAAUCACGCAAGUUAUUUUCUUGACAAGGAGGACUCAAUUGCUGAGUACGAGAAAAUGGCAAAGGAGAAGAGGGAAGAAAAGUUGCAGAAGCAGGAGGGUGCUGAGCUUAGCUUUUUCAAUAAACUGGGUCAUAUUGAGAAGAUGGAGAUUUUGAGCGGCAUCGCCGACUUUAAGGAAGAGUUUCGUACUUUUCUGGAAUCGUUUGACACAUCAAAGACUAUCACAUCUUCUGAUGUCCAUCAGAUUUUUGAGAAUCUUGCAAAGAAGCGUCGGCGGAUGGAGUGAGUUCUCCAUUUGGUUCCCUAUAUGUUAAAUGUAACCUCUCCUUUUGUUGGUCUUGGACCUGAAUCUUAAUUUAGAACAUUUUGGAAGCAUGCCAAGGCUUUGGCUGUUAUAAUUUAGAAUACUCAACUGGAAUGAACCCUCUGGCCUUGUAGACUUGUGUGUUUAUUCACCUUUAAUUUUUAUUUGUUCUUCUGUAUGGUA